AUAAUAAUAACAAACAUUCCAGCAAUAACAGCCUAUUUUUCCUUUAGCCGAAUGCAUAUGUUGCACACAAUGAUUACGGCGUCUAAACCACACUUUAGGGGUAAAAUUUCUUCUCUUUUAGAGGAGUUGUUGGCGGCUGCUGUGACGGAAAUUUGCGAGCUAUUUGAUAAUGAAUUUGCUAAUGUUACUUUACGUGCGGAAUGUCCCAGAUGUAAGCACUCUAAGGAAGUCGAAAGGAGAUCACAUUCAACACCACAUCGGAACAAUUCUACUGGGGACGUCCACAGGUUCACUUCUAGAGAUGAGGAUGCUCAGAAAGAUUGCAUUCGCGGAGAAUAUGAACGGAAUACAAAUGCAGACGCGGGAGCUCAGCAAACCAUACCACAGUGCAGCCAGUGGGACAUGGGUGCCAGCGGUGGACAGGCCAAACAUGCCAGUAAAGAAAUGGGUACAAAGAUAGAGUUGUUGUCCAUCAAACAGGAAGUUGUGGAAGAAUCUGACUUUCAGACAGAAGGGGAAGACGGACAGGAGGGAGUGGCUGGCUCAGAUAUCACGCUGCCUGACCCUAACCUGGACCUCAGCACGUCGCUGUCACCCCCCGCCGGACUGCAGUGGGCCCCUCACGGGCCGUUCAUCCAUGCCGACGGCAUCUGUGACGCUAAAUUUGAAUUGGACAAUGGCCACUCCAGUUCUGCUAACAAGGACGAAGUAAGUGAGAACAGUGGCCAUGGCGAUUUGGAGCACUACCACGACGAGCAGGGGACGGGUCUGUGGGACGGGGACACGACUGCUGGUUCUCACCAUCAGGACGAGGGGCGGAGGGAGGACGUGGAUCUCGGGAAUUCACACUUCUCCCGCUGGUCCGCGUCUCCGCUCAGGAAUCAGGCGUAUCUGCACAAGCAGUGGUCGAGGUGCAGAAAGACAGCGGGGCCUGUGAGCAUGUGUAGCGCGAGUCUGUCGGGCGCCGUCUCCUUAGACGCAAGGACCGGCGGCUCUGGCCAUCAACUGCACGCACCUUUGAGUCUCACCGAAGAGCAGGAGAGGAGGUUCACCUGCCCGAUAUGUGGGAAGAGACUGUUGUCCGAGCAGACGCUGAAGUCGCACCAGAAGGUCCACUCGGGAUACGCUCCGCAUCAGUGCAAUCAGUGCGGCAAGCGGUUCUCCCGCCUGGAGAACCUCAAGGUGCACCAGAACAUCCACACGGGACUUAAACCGUACACCUGCAAGUUCUGUCUGAAGAAAUUCAACGCCCCAAGCAAUUUCAACCGACAUAAACGUGCUUGCCUGAAGAGGAAGCUAGCUCAGUUCAGUUCAUAAUAGUUGGAGUCGAUCAUUGGUUGGAAGUAGUUUACUUUGAUGUUAGGCUCAGGUUCAAUGUGUGAGUGUGUGUGGUGUGUGUGUGUGUGUGUAUGCAUGUGUGUGAGGUGAAGUUUUGGUGUAUAGAAUGAGUACUGUUGUAGAUAUGAGCACUCAUGCAUUAGUUCCUUGUUUCAGUUAUUAGCGGACAGAUUUACCCAAAGGAACUCUGUAGCAGAAGACGUCAUCUAUUCAGAGCGUCCUUUACCUUUACCUUUAUACGAGUGGCUCACUCUUUCAGCUCACCUGGGGAGAAUACCUUACCUGUCACACUUGAGUGAGUUACCUGAGUGAAGGUGAUGAUGAGGGAACUUUUUGAGCAAUGUUGGGCAGCGCUGUUGGGAAACACUGCCAUUGCUCCUGAAGUUGCCUUAUGUAUCAUCAUGAUCUUUAGGAGCCAUUCCACUCUUCCACUUUUCUUGACUGAUCAUGUAUGUUAGUAGGCAAAUGUGUUGGAUAGAACUCAGAUAACUGUUUGAUGGGGUAAUGUGCUAUGCUAGUAUCCUUUUUAUCAGAUGCUGGUGCUCAUGCUGUCAGAUUUUAGCGAGUCAUGGUGCUGAGCAUUUUUAUUUGAGUCAUUUUUUAUUUUGCAAUUCUAAUGUGUGUUCCUUUGAAAGUGGACAUACAUUGUACUGUGCUUCAGUUAAGUUUCUACGGCUAAUACUGUAACAUCCUGCUUUCCAUUCUUCGUUCUUCUUAUGAUUGACGCGUGACCUGAUUCUGAUCCAUUGGGCCACGGGCUCUGUGGUCAAUACACGGAUGUGGUCAGUAAAUGGUUGAGGUUUUUUUUUAAAAUAUUAUUUAUUUGCAUAAAACACUGUCCUGCGGUUCACACACAAUGCGACUAAUACACAGGAAAUUACUCUACUUAGUAUGAAACUCAUUCAUUAUGUAGAGCCUCUGGAAUUGUACUCAUGAUCACAGCUUUCUUUUAUUUGUGUCUGUAACCAAGCUUUUAGUGAAAAAAAUCAUUCCAUGGCCCCUAAUUUGAAUGACACGAGUCUAACAAAGCAAAUUUAAUUACUAGGCAAAAUCAGUUUGCUCGCUGAACACCAUGGGCAAGACUUUAAGCGCAGACAUUGAUGUGCCAGCUCAGUGCAUAUGGCACUCAGUAGCCCUAGUACCUCCAUGAGACACUGAGCUUUUUGCCAUUUAAAUAAGAAGCUCAUAUGGCCAGUGGUGUAAAUAGGACGCAAUUCUUAGAGAUUCCUCCAUGUCAUCUGGCUGCUGGAUUUUUUUGCCUUCUUAGAUCAUACUGUCAGAUUCGCACACAUUCCAGUAGAAGGAUAUGCAUCACGGCGCUAUUAGAUGAAGAGGUGAAACUACAACAGUAGUUCAUGCUAUGUUUAUCACAAAAAUCAUCCUACUCGCCUGAUUGCCGGGUUUCCUAUCCAGUUCAUGGAUACAUUAUGAUCAAUUGGGUGAUGUGGUAUGAUAAUCAUUGUUGCCGUCAGUCUUGAAAAGAGAAAUGACCCCCUUUUAUUGGACUUGAAAAUAUCAUUUUGUUUUUAUCAUUUUGUUCUUUGUUAUUUAUUCAGUAUCUUUGAGUUUUUUUUUUCUUUUUUUAUAUUUUUGAGUGUAUAUAUUCUGUACUGACAAAUCACCAAAUUAAACAUAAAACAUAUGUUUGAAUCUGUUGGAGGCAUCAGACAAGUGCUUGGGUCAGAAGUAUUGGCGAAAUUGUGUUUGUGAAAAUUAGUCAUUUCUAAUUUCAACAUUGUCCUGUAGAGGGUGCUAUAGAACCCUUUGUCAUGGGCCAGGGUUCCUGUAAGGUGUCUAGAUUGUGGGGUGAAACUGUGAUUAAUGGCCAAACUGUAAGAUGUUGUAUUUGCAAAGUGAUUCAGACUUGGCAGGCACUUUUAUUUUUAAAUAUUUAAUGUC